AUGUCCAGUUGGGACUCACCACCAGAUUACCCCCUCAGUUCAGACUUAGUGAGGAGAUUAAAGUCUGCCCUGGCCACUGGGGACAAGGACACUGUGCAGGAACUGAUCUGCACUGAGGUGGAGCCCGUGGACGCCGUGAUAGAGCUGGCUAAUGACGACUGGAUGAAGGAGCCCUCAGCUCAGCUGCCCACGGGAGCGCUGCUAGGAGACCUGGACCAUAUUCUAUCCCUCAUGGACCAGUUCUUCCAGGAUGCCAACGUGGUGUUUGAGAUCACUAAUGGAGAGAUGGAGUGGCAGGUGACAUCCUUGGCCACUUUUGGGCUCUCAGGCCUCUGGACCCUGGAGUACAAGCGGGAGCUCACCACACCGCUGUGCAUCGCUGCAGCCCACGGCCACGUGAUCUGCGUGCGACACCUUCUCAGUCACAGCGCUGAUCCGGAUGCCAGGCCCGGAGGUCGUGGUGCCCUACACGAGGCCUGCCUCGGGGGCCAUACCGCCUGCACCCGGCUGUUGCUGCAGCACGGGGCAGACCCAGAUCUGCUCAGCGCCGAGGGCCUAGCACCCCUGCAUCUGUGCCGCACACCCGCCUCUCUGGGGUGCGCGCAGGCGCUGCUGGAGCACGGCGCGACAGUACAGCUGGAGUGCGGCCCUGGCCGGGACACACCGCUGCACGUGGCGGCCCGGUACGGCCUGGACGAGCACGCGCAACUCUACCUGGGCCGCGGCGCGCGCGUGGACGCGAGGAACGGUCGCGGCGAGACAGCCUUGAGCGCGGCGUGCGGAGCGGCGACGCGGAGCCCUGACGAGCACGCGCGCUGCCUGCGGCUGUGCGCGCUCCUGCUGCGCGGCGGCGCGGCGGCAGACGCGCGCGACGAGGACGAGCGCAGCCCGCUGCACAAGGCCUGCGGCCGCGCGCGCCCCAGCCUGUGCACGCUCCUGCUGCUGCACGGCGCCGACGCGGGCGCGCUCGACUACGGUGGAGCGUCGCCGCUGGCUCGCGCACUGCACACGGCCACGUGCGCGCCCCCGGCAGCGCUGCAGCGCACGGUGCAGGCUCUACUCAACCACGGAUCCCCCUUGGUGUGGCCCGACGCCUUCCCCAAGGUGCUGAGGACCUGUGCACAGGUGCCCGCUGUCAUUGAAGUUCUCUUCAACUCCUACACUAAGCUCCGAGUUUCCGAGUCUUGGCAAGAGGUGAUUCCUGAAGAAGUAUACCAGAUGCACGAGCCUUUCUACAGGUCUUUCUUCGCCUUGGCGCACACCCCAUGCUGUCUGCGGCACCUUUGCCGCUGCGCCAUCCGAAGGCUCUUAGGCAAGAAGUGUUUUCUCCUUGUGCCCCAGCUACCCCUCCCCGAGACCCUGCAAACGUAUCUGCUUCUGGAGCCAGAGGGUGUUCUGUGUUGAAACCACAGCCCUGGAGCUCAGGUUCUUCUCUGCAUCUUUGUCCGUCUGCAGACGGUAUGUGAGGAAGCACCCUGGGGUACACAAUCCAGCCCCCUCCAUCUCCCAGCUGACCAGGGGAGGCCCAGACCCACAAGCCUCCGGUUCACCUGAAAUGGAGUUGGAAAUAAAAACCCUCUCUGUUAUUGGAGCUGGAGAGAUGACUCAGCAGCGAAGAGCUUCUGUCUGCUCUUGCAGAGGACCUGGGUUCAAUUCCCAGCACUCACCUGGUUGCUCACAGCUAUUCCUAACUCUAGUUCCAGGGGAUCUAGGGCCCUCUUCCGACCUCCAGAGGCACUGCAUGCACAUAUAUGCAUUCAGGCAAAACAGUCACACAAAGUAAAUAAACGUUUAAAAAAAUUUUUUUAGAAAACGCUGUCUCUUGGUUGUGAGGAGCACAUGGUCAGUGGCAUGGUAGUUGUGGUCAGAAAGUGCCCGAUACCAAAGUCAGACUAAGAGAUGUGAUUGGGUUCCAAGGUGUAGCUCUGGCCCCUGUGGGUCAGCAGCGUGGCACAUCCUCCCUGGGCUUGUAGGAAAGGCUGCCCACCCUCCUGGAGCCAAGUCACCUGGCGGGAGCUGUGCCCAGAACAUAGCAGACCCCGCCCUCCACUGGGAGGACACCAGCUCCAGGGGCCAGUGUACCUUCUCAGCACCCACUGUGCUUGUAAACACACGAGAACCCAGUCCUCCCAGGACGUGGAGGAUGAUAAGCCAGAUCUUGAUCAUUUAGAAGUCUUCUGCCUCCUACCAGAUCAACCGUUGUUCAUCCCGCUCUGGGAAAUGAUGCCAGAAGUCAGAUGCCAGGAAAAGCACAUGGACUGAGGAGUGCCUAAGCUCGGCCUAAGUGUUACUCAGUAAGAGAUGUCCAAACAUCAAGGCCUGCACUCACUUAGUUCUUCGUUCUCAUGCUUCAACACAGGGGGCCUUGCUGACCCCAAGGAUCAACCCCACCCAUGACAAGCCAGUCCCUAGAAAGAGAAAGAAACUCUCUGCUGACCAUGCUUGGCCUGUUCAAGCUAGCCAUCCUGAAGCCCACAUGUGGCCACUGCCUUCAUUAGACUGUCAGUUAGGACUCUGCUCUGCCCUGACCUCUCCACGACCAGCAGCCAGACACCUAGAAAGAAAUGCUGGACAGACAGCGGUGGUGCA